AUGGCACACGCACACGCACACGCCGCGAGACUCGACCAGCUCGCGCAGAGUCUCGUCACCGCUGUCACCGGCCGAACACCUGACCAGCCAUCCUUCAAGCCGCUCCAAGACCACACCUUGCGAGCGCUCAAAGACCAAAGCCAUGCGCGCACCAAUCAAUUUGCCGUCAAAGCCCGUCUUGACGGAUUGACCGAGAAGCUGGACGUCUUGGGCCGAGACGACUUGGCUGAGGCACUGCAGAGUCGACUAGAAGAACUGCCCGCCAAGUUGAGAUGCAUGCCAGAGCUUCUUGCUCUUCUCCUCGACCUCUCCAACCGGCCCGCGGAGAAGACUUCGCUUGCGGAUGUUGAACAUCUGAACACGACCGCUUCCGCUUCCGCUUCCGCUUCCGCUUCCGCUUCACCAGAUGCUCAUUUGACUUGGCAAGAAAUCAUUGCCGACCAUCCGCUGGACGAUGCUGGUCUUUGGGACGACGUCGAGGCCGGCUAUCAUUCCAGUGGCGAUGAAAUAGGGAGUGGGCCCGACGACGACGACGACACCCAGCGCACCGUUUCCACAACUGCGACCUCAGUCGGCAGUGAGCAUCCCGGCGCUCUUGCUCGUCUGCACCUCGCGCAACCGGACAGUGCAUCUCUUGCCCAUAUUCAAGCUGCACGAGAUACCUGGCAUACUCAGAGCUCGCCAUCAACAACAAGCAGACGCCUUUCCGAGCUGCAAUUGCUUCGUGAGACUCUUACAAUGCUGCGAGGAUACCCAACCGAUCUCUUCGUCGUUGAUGCUGGUACGGGCCGAGUGAAUUUGCCCAGCAAGAUUCGCAUGGAGAGCACAAGCGAAGAGAGCACAAUGGACAUUUUGCUUCGCUGCACGAAGUUGGGCUCAAGCUUGAACUUCCUCCGCAAAUGGACGAAAAGCCUGCAACCUGCCAUACAUAUACGAACCAUGCAGGCCUCUACCGGCAAACUGCUACGAUCACUCUCGUCCCAUUUGGGCGAGGUGGAACAGCGAUACGUCACUCCACAGAUAGCCACAGUUGUCAGUAUUGCUGAUGUGGCCGUAUUGGCCGAACCUGCAGCUCGUGGUCUCGCGCACCUUGCUUCCAUCAUUCAAGUCUUCUCUUUGUCAGAUGGCCGCACCAGUCAACUCAACUUGCUCGACUCGCUCUACGAUCAAGCAUGCUCUGCUCAGCUCUCAGAGGACACAGCGCUCUUCGAAGUGCUCGCCACCGUCUUUCUCGAUGGCCUCGAGACAUAUCUCCGCUCAAUCGCGACAUGGGUCAUGACAGGUACACUCUCCACGUCCGCCCAAGGCAUACCACUUGUCAAGGACGCAAAGGCGCAUUGUGAGCCUGCAGAACUAUGGCACAAUCGACAUUUGAUGAAUGUCACCCGUGACGGAUCGCCAUUUGCCCCAAGAUGUGUCCACUUUGCCGCGAACCAGAUCUUCUCUUCGGGCAAGGCUCGUUCAUUUCUCCGCUGCCUCGAUCAAACGGUCGGUGAUGGGCUUCAGGCAUUUGACCUGAGGAACUCUAUGCCAACCUUCGAUGGAAUCAUUCCCAAGUUACGAUCUGGCUCACUUAGAUCCUUCUCGCAAUGCCUAGACGCGUCACUACAAUCCUGGCUCGAAACAAUCAGUACGGACUGCACGCCACUUCUGCGAUCCAAGCUGUGGGACGAGCAUGGUCUAGCGCAGAUGAUCUCUGCCAUUCCCUAUGUCUUCUUCUCUAAAGACGGCACGGCUUUCGAGGCGUUCGCUGAUACUCUGGUCGAACGUAUUACAACCAAUGAGCAACAGAGGCCUUGGGGUGACGAAUUCCUAUUGAGCGAGGUCGCACAGACUGCUUUCAGCAACGUGGCGCAAGUCAACGAUCAAUGCAUACAGAUCCGCAUCGCCAACGAUCUGGCAGUAUCAUCUAGAGUCGCUCUCAUCCGCAAACUUGCAGCUGUCGAGCUGGAGUACACAUUUGCUUGGCCUCUGCAAAAUAUCACAAGGUGUCGUACGUCAGUCCCACACAGCCGAGCAUUUGCGUUCUUACUGCAAAUAUACCUUGCAAGGAGCUUGCUCGGUAGGAGCUUUCUCGGCCUGCGAUCAAUACCACGAUCCUCGAAUCUCAUUCCUCUACGGCAAAGACUCAUCAACUUUACUGGCAUCUUGUCGUCUUACGUUAUGACUACUGCACAUAGCUUACACGAAAGGGCACAGCAAAGUUUGGAGGCGGCUCUCGACAUCGAUGCAAUGGUAGGCGUCUGGGCUGACUACACAAGGAGAAUGGAAACCAGUCUACUAUUGUCAGCGAAGCUGGAACCUGUACGAGAUGCUAUUACAGGCAUGUUGGAGUUGAGUGAGCUUCUUGUUAAGACCACCAAUCCUGAUAGUAUUCUCACAUUGCAAGACCAAUUCGAGAAAAGUCUGAAGUUCCUGAUUGCUGGCAUUCGUGGAGUCAGUCGUGCAGGAGGAGAUUCGGCACUGGAGACACUUGCGGAGAGACUGGAGUGGAGUGGUCGAGGCAUCCGCACUGCACGGGCACGAAGUGCGUGGUAUGUCACUUCUGUGCUCGCCAAGGAGACUGGUGCCAGAGAUCGAGCUUUCAAGACAAUCGAUAUCCAAGAAGCAGAUCCAGCAGAAGUUCUCGGCAAGGACUAUGCGCCAGAGACAGGCCCUAGCGUUGCCUCCCUCAACUUCCAUAUCGUCAACGGAGGAGUCAUUGUAUCUGCUUUCGGCGAUCCUGAAAGUGACGCCAAUGCCGCCAAGAUCAUCGGCGAGAAUUUUUCUGGCAGGGAAAUCGUACAAAUUCCAAUCCAUCAGCUGGCUGCUCAAGGUGGUGGCAUACACAGCUCGACACAACAGAUUCCAGCAUAGGUGCCACUCUUGUCUCACCUGCCAGGUAGCACGUCUCUUCUCCAGUCGCACGAUCAGACUGGAGCCGGUGGCCUGGUCAGCGAAGAUCCUUGACACGGCGCUUGGCGGCGAUAUGGUGAAUAAUUCGCCGCUCUCCACCAUGGUACUGAUUGCAGAUAUGGUCAGCACCAAAUAAUCCGCCGACACCGACUCUACUAUCGUGAGGAUACAGAGCGUCAUGGCAUUGUGCUCGAAUUCCGCUUCUAAGGUUCUUCCAGCUCCACCGCGAAGGUUGAACUGUGUCGUGCUCUUCAAACUCUGACUCCAGCCCACUGCAAACCGCAGAAAGACGCAGGGAUGCAGCACAGCCCCCUCCAUUUACUCCGUUGAUGGUUCAAGGCCCAUGUUCGUCAUGCUACACGUUCGGAUCUCUGUCCGUCGAAUCAUUGUAUACACCACUUCUGAAGGACCCGGGCCGCAGGGCCGCGGAUGUUUACUUCCGCGAGGCUGGGUGAACUGUUGCGUAAGCUUCCAAGUUGCUGGAUCGUCGCUAUCAUGGAGCUGUUUGUACCCGUCGUAGCUCUGCAAUAUAAUUGUACAGCAU